GAGCAACAACGCACUCGCUGGGGGGAAUGAGGCUCUGCCGGGCGCUUUCUCCCAAAAGCCGGCGCCCUCGAGGGCAGCCUCGCGAGGGGGGUCCUUCCUCACGGCGGGCGGAGGCGCGCGGCGGCGGCGGCUCCCGUCGGUUCAUGUUUUUAGCCCGUUUCUUGGUAAAGAUGGCAGCCAACAAUGCGGUGUUGAACAGAUUGGAGCAGAAAGGUGCAGAGGCAGAUCAAGUUAUUGAAUACCUCAAGCAGCAAGUUGCUCUGCUCAAGGAGAAAGCUAUGUCAACUCUAGUCUUGCAGGCAUCUCUCCGAGAAGAGAAGAAGCUCCGUGUAGAAAAUGCUAAACUGAAGAAAGAAAUUGAAGGGCUGAAACAGGAGCUGAUUCAGGCAGAAAUUCGAAAUGGAGUAAAACAAAUUGCAGUUCCUCCUGCUACAACCGUUUCUACAGCUUCGUUUUCGGAAGAUGUUUCACAGUCUGCAGUAGUCACAUCCUCUCCUGGUCCCAAAGAUCAAAUUAAAGGUGAAGAUGAAGAAAAGAAAAAGAAGGAAAAAGCAGAAAAAAAAGGUGAAAAGAAGGAAAAGAAACAACAGCCAGCUGCUGGAAGUAGUGACUCGAAACCUGUAGAUGUUUCUCAUCUGGAUCUUCGUGUUGGCUGUAUCAUAACUGCUGAAAAGCACCCAGAUGCAGACACUCUGUAUGUUGAACAGGUGGAUGUUGGUGAAGCAAGCCCAAGGACUGUUGUCAGUGGUUUAGUGAAACAUGUUCCUCUGGAUCAGAUGCAGAAUCGGAUGGCAAUACUACUCUGUAACUUGAAGCCUGCAAAGAUGAGAGGAGUAGUAUCUCAAGCAAUGGUGAUGUGUGCCAGCUCCCCUGAUAAAGUGGAAAUUUUGGCUCCCCCACCAGGGGCAGUACCUGGGGAAAGAAUCACUUUUGAAGGUUUUCCUGGAGAUCCUGAGAAGGAACUUAAUCCCAAGAAGAAGAUUUGGGAGCAAAUCCAACCAGACCUUCAUACCAAUGACCAGUGUGUUGCUACGUACAAAGGAGUUCCAUUUGAAGUGAAAGGGAAAGGAGUCUGCCGUGCAGAGACCAUGGCAAACAGCGGAAUUAAAUAAAUGGUUAUUAGAAGGUUUUUCAGAUGUUGAAAUGGGAAGUAAUGCAAGCACAAUAAAGACAUGAAUAUAUUGCCCCUCCCAAAUGCAUGGCUAAUUCCUUUUUUUAGUUUGAUUCCUUUAUCAGAGAUACUGAAUGUGUUAUGCCUGCAAGAUUUUCACACCUCACUCAUUACCCAUGCUUACUGUCUUUGAGGUUAAGUAUUAUCAACAGUCAUUAACUAUUUAGUAUUUAAGACUUAAUUGCCAAGGCUUGUUCAUGGUAGAACUAGAGGGUGCAUGAGGCAGGCAAAUAAAUUCUCUGGACCGCUAAAAGGUUUGGAGGAUCUAGUAAACAAAACCAUCUCAGGAAGGAAAACUUUCUGCCAUAUUCCUUGUGUGCUAACCUCUGUUCAAGAGGUGCAAGACUGACCAACAGUUGGUUGCUGAAGACCACAAUCAUCUUUAUUCCUCUUGUCAUCUUUCCAUAGUUUCACUCCCCUUCUCCCAAACACUUUUCAGAUAUUAAAAGCCUUUGCAGCUCUGUUCUUGGCUGUAUUGUCUGAGUAGUCUGCAGACUUCACUAAUAUGAAGAUUAAAGUAUGGCUCUUUAUGCUUUAAGAUACGCAAAUGGACAUACUUUUACGUUUCCACAGUUAGUGUUGUAAUUUAAAUAAAAUCAAAGCUGUCACUUUGCUAGUGUAGUUUUUGGGCCUCACCUUUUCUACCUAGAGAUUUCCUUUUAAAUGACAAAUAAUACUAAUAAGUAGUGAAUAUAGAGAAUAGAUUGCCAAAUAGUUAGUAAAUUAAAAAAAAAAUUCUGCCAAUGCCAGAAACAGAUAUAAGACAAAUUGAUUUUUGGUUUUAAAGUCUUUAUAAGCAAUAAUAUUUUGUACAAGAGAUACUGUAGUGUAAAAGAAAUAGCUUCCUCGGUUCUUACAGUUUGAAUUAAUCUGUAAUAUAGUACAAGUAGUCACAAUUAGUAUGGUCAUAGCUUCAAAUUACUUUUUAUGAUUCCUGACCCUUAAUAAUUUGAAAAGAACCAUUUUAGAUCAAUUUACAAUAAGCCUUUUAAGUAAUAAUUUAGAGAUAGUUCAGAUGUUUUAGCAUCUAGUGUUUAACUGUCUGCUGUCUAACCACUGAAACAGUAAGCACUUUUCUAACCACUGAAAUGAAAUAAAUGGAUUUCUUAGUCCCUCUGAAUUUCCCAGGCUUUGAACUUCGUCCAGUAAGCUGGGAGAAAAAACAAAAUGACAUUAAUAUAAAAUUAAAAGGAACAGGCAUAAAAGAAGAGAUAACAGAUUCCUUUUUUGGAAUGAGUUUUGUGUGUGCCUAUAUACUUAACUGUGCUUUUUUUUUCAUGCAUCUGGGAAUAAGCAAUAGUAAUUAGUUUUUUCAAAUGUGCCAAAUAAUAUUAAGCACAUGGGAGCUAUUUUUACUGCCUUGUAAACUGCAUAUCCAAUAAUGUUUUAUUAAACAAAAUUCUUGAAGUUUAAA